AUAAGUAAUAAUUAUAUGGACAUAAAGGAAUAAUAUGCCUAAUAUACGCAAAAAAAUUACACAGCCAACGUAUUUAAAGUAGGGGAUCACAAUUUCAUAUUGGACAAAAGGUACAAUCCGACAAAUCAACUGGGGAGUGGAGCCUAUGGAGUGGUGUUGUAGGCAGAUGAUUUGAAGGCACCUCCUGAAGGGCCUAAGAAAGUGGCAAUAAAGAAAAUUGAGAAGACGUUCCAGCAUCGCUUUUAUGCCAAACGUACAUUGAGAGAAUUGAAAAUAUUAAGGAAUCUUAAACAUGAAAAUGUAAUCUUAAAUAUAUCUCCUAGAUUGUUAAUUUAAUUACGAUAGCACUGCCAAAAUCCAGAGUAUCAAUGAAUGACAUGUAAUGUUGAUUAAAUAUUGUUAGCUAUUUGGUUACAGAGUUGUUGGAUACGGAUUUACGUAAAGUUUUGGAAAGGGAACAUGCUAAAUUAACUGAAGAUCAUUAUAAGUUGUUUCUAUAUCAAAUCUUGAGAGGAAUUAAAUACAUGCAUUCUGCCAACAUUUUACAUAGAGACUUAAAGCCUAGGAAUAUUCUCUUAAAUAAGGAAGAUUGCAUGUUAAAAGUCUGCGAUUUUGGUUUGAGUAGAGCAUUACUUAGUCAAGGACUCAAUGGUUAGAAUCCAAAUGUGAUGACUGAUUAUGUUGAAACUAGAUAUUACAGAGCACCUGAAUUGCUUUUGGGAUUGAAACAAUAUACAAAGGCUGUAGAUAUGUGGUCAGUUGGUUGUAUUUUUGCUGAAAUUGUACGUGGUAAAGCUUUGUGGAGAGGAGCAUCUGCAGAAUCUUAAUUAAAAUUAAUAUUUGAAACUAUGGGUACUCCCAAUAAACAAGAAAUCAAGAAUUAUAAAGAUCCCUUCUUUCAACAAAAGAUGUUGGAGGCUGUUGUUCAUUUAGGAUAAUUUUAAAAAGUUCCACUGGAUAAAAUCAUCAAAGGGAUUUCUCCUUAAGGAUACGAUUUAUUAGAAAGACUCUUGGAAAUUGAUUUUACUAAAAGAAUUACAGCUGAUGAAGCCUUGGCACAUCCAUAUUUCGAAGAUCUUCAUUCUCCUGAAGAUGAACCUUUUCGUCAACCAGUAAGUGACAAAGAAUUUGAAUUUGAAUUGUAUGAAUUAACAACAGAACAACUAAAAGGUAUUUAAUCUGACUAUCAGAAGAUAUGGUUUAUGAAGAAAUCCUCUUAUAUCAUUUCCAAGAUUUCAGAAAAGAAUACGAACGAAAAAUAGCUGAAAAUGAAAGUGUUAUUAAACAUAUCUUAACUGGAUAAAGUGCAAGAUUAAUAGAUCCAUUAGCGGAUGAUGAUUUUCCUGAUUUUUAAUGA